AUGAGUAGAAUCAGUAAUUUAAGUAAUCUAAGAGUACCUUUUUUUAAUUCUUGGAAAAAUACCUGGUAUGAGGAUAGUAAAUAUUAUUCUUUAUUAUUUUUUCGAGAUUUUCAAGUUCUCCAAUAUUUUAAAGGUUUAUUUUAUCGUUUAAAAAUGUUAACAGAUGAUGUUUAUUUAAAUUAUAUUACGAAUAAUUAUUUAUUUGUUAAUUUAAAUAUUUAUCUUUAUCGUUUUCAGAUAAAAAAAUAUUUUUUAUCUUUUUUUUCAGAACAAUAUUUGUUAUAUAGUUUUAUGUUCAGAAAAAAUAAAAUUCAUAAAGUUAAUUUACGAUGUAAUAGGGUAAUGUAUGUACAUGCUUUUUAUUCUAAUUCUGUUUUAUAUUUUUUAUAUUUUUUUAAUCGUGGAAUAAACAAACGAUGCAUACAUAAAAAAUAUUUUUAUUCUUCUAUAAUUAAUAUUAAUAAUAGGCCGAAAUAUAAAAAUAAUCCAAUUAAAUUUCAAUUAAAAAAAAAUAUAUUUUAUUUUUUUUCUUUCUAUAGAAAAAAAAAAAAAAAUAAUUUAAAACUAUUAAGCUUGUUUUAUUAUGUAUUAAGAUUUUUUUUAUUUCUCAGCAUUAAGUUGACGCCUAGUUUUAUUUUAUUUCGUUUUUUUUUAUUAUGUUAUAAUAAAUUAUUAUUUUUAAAACAAAAUUUUGUUUAUAGUAUGCAAUACUAUCCAAAUAAAGUAUUAAAUCAUUCUUAUUAUUUUUUAAAAGAGAAUUAUAAAAGAGAAUUGAGUAGGGAUAUUUUUGAUGAACGUACUUUUUAUGAUUUUUUUGUUUAUUUUUUUUUAUAUUAUUUUAUACUAAAUAUAGAAAAAACAAUUUAUUUAUUUACUGGAAUGCGUUUUAUUUUCCUAGGAUCUUUUUAUAUGUAUAAAAAGUUACCACCUUUAUUAUCUUCUAAAUUAGUAAAUGAUUAUGUUUGUCUGGAACUAGAAAAAGGAGCUAAUUUAUUUAGAAUCUUUAAAAGCCUACAAUAUAUACAGUUGAGGGAGAAAAGAAAACUAAAGACAGAGCUAUUAAAUAAUUUUUCUAAAUCAUUUUUUGAAUAUUAUUUUAUUAAACGUCAUAGUAAAAUAAAACAAUGCUUUGCUUUAUUGAAACGGUUAAAUAUAUUAAGUAGAAAGAAUAAGAAGAAGACUAGUAGGAAAGAAUUAUAUUUGAAUUUAAAUAAAUCUAAUUUUUUUUUAUCGUUUACUAAAUUACGAUUUUUAUUUGAUUCUUUAUGUCAAAAUGAAAUAAUGGCAAAAAAAUAUCCAUUAAUAGGAUUGCGUAUUGAAUGUAAUGGUCCGCCUAAAAAAGGAAGACAAGCCAGAUUAGUAGCUUAUCAUCAAAUAAUAAAAAAUUAUAAGUUAUUUGGAAAAAUGCCAAAUAAAAGUAUAUUAGCAGACAUUGAUUAUUAUCAAUCAUUUGCGAGAGCAAAACAGGGUUCUAUAGGUAUUAAAGUAUGGAUGUUUUUUUAUAGUAAAACAUAUGAUUCAAACUAUAAAUUAAUAAGUAUAGUCUAA